AAUUGUAGCGCGACGGGGGACGCUCGCUCGCUCGCUCUCUCUCUCUUCCUCGCUCCUCGGCGGCGGUUAACGGUUUGUCGGCACGUUUGCGCGAUUAGCGCUCCGGUUUGAAAACAAUUUGUUAACAGUCCUGUCGACGAUCCUGUUGCGCUGCCUCGCCAACGAUCCGUUGACAAUCCCGUCGCUGGACGGAGGACAGUUUUCGGUUCUACUCCGGGUCUUCGUGGGACGGACUCGAGUGACGAGAGUUCAAUAUUGGCUCGACACUGGCGACUAACGUGCGAGGACUCGCCCAGUUUUCGCUCUCCGGACAGUCCCGGGACCCUCGCUGCCCUCCGCGGUAGACUUGACGCGCUUCGUAGGAUGCAAUAAUUAAUGUCAGAAGUGAGCGGCGGAAGUGAGGCUUUGUUAGAGGAUGUUAACGAGAUUGCGUCCCCGGCGAGGCUCCACGCGUCUCGUUUCAUUUGCCAGAUUCGUCUCUCCAGCAGCGGAGAGGUAGUAGCGGUGGUGGCGACGACUCAGCGGGUGCAGAGAGAGGCGAAGGAGUGAUUGCCAUGACUACGACGGGAGCCCAGUAUGCCCUCGCAGCAGCAUCCACCGGGGCUAAUAACAGUGGGGGUAGCUCCGCGGCGGUAGGGGUGGACUCUAAGCAGAAUGUGGUUGUCGUGACUACUACUUCCAGUACCAGUGGCGGUGGCGGCGCGGCACAGACUCAGUCUGCCAGAGGCCAGCAGCUCAUCACGGUCGUCACGAGCCCGGAUCCUUCCAGUCCGAACAACCUGCAGCCUAUCCAGUUAUUGGUUCAGGAUCCGCUUGAAACAGCUGCAGAUUCGUCCAACGGCUCAACAGGUCCGCCAGCGCAUGUUACAGCACAGGUAGUGGUCAAUACCACUCACUCGGGCCAGCACGCGCUGGUGGAUUCCGACGCCGCUUCCACGUCGGCCGGCACCAUCGUCAGCGGUUCCCCGCACUACAUUACAGUCACAGGCACCAGUGACUCGUCAUCCUACGCGUCCCUCACAGCGGCUGUAGUGUCCGGCGACGCAGAGGCGGUGGGGUCCGAGUCGGUCUCUCAUCCAACUUACGUUCAAUAUGUCGAGGGGGAUGGUUCCACGUAUAUACCGACGAAUGGGCAGAUGACAUAUCCCGUUUAUGCCGUCGGCGAGACAGGAGCGAUGUAUACUCCAGCCUCGGGCCAGUACUACACUCCAGCGACGACGCCAGUAACGUAUGCGCAGGUGACAGGCCAGGGCACGAAUUCGACCACCGGACAACUGCUAUCGCAGGGCAACGGCACGUACUUGAUUCAGCAGAGCGUGGUGGAUGGAGACCCGACUCACGCGCUCAUAUCCGCGGCUGCCGCGCGCGCCAGCCCGCAAACGGAGACUGCGGAGGCUGUGGUUAGCGGUGGUGGCGGGGCGUACUUGAUCAGCGGUAAUUCUGGAGGUACCACUGUCACCGUGGAAGAGACAGCGGCAAACGUGACGCAUGCCACUAGAGUCUCCCAGGCCACCGUACACUGGCUGGUAGAGAAUUACGAAAACGCUGACGGCGUGUCCCUUCCAAGAUCAACCCUUUACGCUCAUUACCUGCGCCAUUGCUCCGAAAACAAAUUGGAUCCUGUGAACGCAGCCAGUUUCGGGAAGUUGAUACGCUCUGUAUUCUUGGGAUUGAGAACUAGGCGUUUAGGGACUAGGGGAAACUCGAAAUAUCAUUAUUACGGAAUUCGUGUGAAGCCAAGCUCACCUCUGUGCGUACUGAACGAGGAUGGCACGUCGAGACAACAGCAAAGCGCGAACUCUCAGACGAAGCGAUUCAAAUUUGUCAAUCAAAAGCAGGAGUCGUCUUACGAGAAUAACGCGCACGCGAACACAAAUAUCUCCACCAAUUCUUCACCGCCACAGUAUCACCAGUACCUCGGCGAAGCGAGCGGCGCCAUUCCCGAUUUCCCGGAGAUCUUCAUCAGUCACGAUUCGUCCCUGCCUGAGGAUUGCACUCUUGAAGAUAUCGAUACGUUUCGCAGCAUAUACAGAGAACAUUGCGAAGCAUUCUUGGACGCGGUGCUGAAUUUCGAGUUUACCACGGUGGAGAGCCUCUGGAGAGAAUUCUGGCGCAGCCAGGACAAUAAUAAUGGUGAUGAGUGCGAAGAAGAGAAGUAUUUGUCAAAAACCAAGCUAUAUCAGAUGUGUCAAUGUACGGGGGUACAAGACUUUAUCAAAAAGGUGGACUAUACAUUCUAUCAGAAUCUAGUCGAUGUUUUAAUGCCUAAUGUAUUGCGACCGAUACCAAGUUCGUUGACACAAUCUAUUCGAAAUUUUGCAAAGGGAUUGGAAUCUUGGUUGCAGUCAGCAAUGGCCGAUUGUCCUGAAGAAAUGACGCAAAUUAAGUUAACCGCAGUGUCAGCUUUUGCUCAAACUUUAAGGCGCUAUACAUCGUUAAAUCACCUUGCACAGGCCGCGCGAGCGGUGCUUCAAAAUUCUAGUCAAAUUAAUCAAAUGUUAGCCGACUUGAAUCGCGUUGACUUCCACAACGUACAAGAACAAGCAUCCUGGGUAUGCCAAUGUGAUUACGGAAUGGUACAACGUCUCGAGGCGGAUUUUAAGGUAACGUUGCAGCAGCAAAAUUCAUUGGAGGAUUGGGCGAUCUGGUUGAAAGGAGUGGUGACUCAGGCGCUUAAGCCACACGAGGAGAAGCCAACAUUCGCUAAGGCUGCACGUCAGUUCCUGCUCAAGUGGUCGUUUUACAGCUCGAUGGUCAUCCGGGAUCUCACCUUGAGGAGUGCUGCGAGUUUCGGGUCUUUUCAUCUUAUCAGAUUACUUUAUGACGAGUACAUGUUUUAUUUAAUAGAGCAUCAAGUCGCUAUCGCAACUGGAACUACGCCAAUAGCUGUAAUGGGAGACAAAAGUCAAAAUUGCUCUUUAAUUAGUAGUUUUGGGGCAACGUCCAAUGGAGAUGCGUCUAAUGCGAGCCAACCAAAACGUAUGAAGCUAAGCUAACUGUGUGCCUACGCUCUUUAGUUUAUGAGUAAACCGGUAGCACACAAAAAUGUGAAGAUACUAGCACGAAAGCAUACAGGCCUACAAGAGAAAAAACAUACUAGUCUCGUAAAUUAUUAUUUUAUAUAACAUCAAAUUACAAUUAUGACAUAUAAGAAGAGGAUUUUUGCAUAACGCCUACGAUGUAUACAAUUCAAGUACGUCUGUGUGAUAUAAGAUAUAGAGAAGUAUUGUACUAUGCGAAGCCUUGUCUCAUACACAGGUAUGGCACAGGUUUAAAGUAUCGCUGGCACGAUUUUAGUACGUUAGUAUAUAUCGAAUCUAGUCGAAACAUCUUUGGAAGGAAAUAAGCGUAUACGGGACCAUGAACUUGUCAUGCCCUCACUAGAACAUGUAUGAAAGGCCCACUCGAUUGUGUUUUCUGCAUUUAUUGCAAGAAUAAUUUUUUUACAAAUGUAGACAAGAAUAACAUUAAUUAUGUAUUAUCAAUACGUGUUAAGAUAAAUUUAUAUUUAGAGCUUAUCAAUUUCAAAUGUCAUUCGUUUUAUUGAUAUUUAUUAGAAUAGAAUAUAACAAUGUUAAAAGUGCGCUACAUAUACAUAUCCGUUUUCAUUAUAGUCACGAAGAUAUUUAAAUUGCUUGACGCUAUGUUUGAAGGAAACUAUGUUGAGUGGGCUUAAAAUAAUCAUCAGUUUGCGCAAAGGAAAACGCGAAAGAAUAAAAUUCUACCUUCCGCAAGGUAAAAACCUAACGUUCCGCUCGCGAAUUCCAGUUUGCGCAAAUUACACGCAAACCAAUUACAAAAAUCCGCCCUGCCGACGGUAAUAUGUCAAAAGUAUUCCUACGCGGAAUAUUAGAUUGCUGUAACGGUAUAUAAACUUUUCAAGUUUACACACAUACAUAUAUCCGACAUUCAUAUUUUUUAACGUAAUUUAUUGAUUGAACACAUCGAGCUCUGUGCCGGAGAUUUCGUUUGGGAGCACUCUCUAUUGCAGUCGGUUGCUAUUCUCUCAGUAUAAUUAAACGAAUAGUACAAAAUUUUAUUGGAAAGAGAGAAGGGUAGGAAGGGAGACGCGAGUACCGAGGUUGUUUUAAUUUACUGAUAGAAUAUACAGUGUGCGUCUUAUACGUUGGAUGUAUAUACAUAUAUAAAUUGUAGCGGAUGAAAAUACGCACGAUUGUUGAAGUUAAAAAGAGGAAACUGCAAAAUAUAUAAUAAGCGCGAUACGAGCAUCCUUGGCCAUUUCAAAAGUCGACCGAGGAUGCCUACAGUAAAAAUAUGUGUCGGUAUAUGUUUUGUAUUCAUAGGCACUCCAAUAGCGUCUUUUGUAUUGUAAAAAUAUUAGGAUGUAAGUCUCCAAUAUCGCUAGGACUUUCGUACGUUGAGUUUCGUUUGUUUAUGUACAUUAUUUAAGGUGACUUAAUACAUAUUAUAUUUACGCGGUUGCGCAUGUUAUGCAACUGUGUUAUACGAAUUUUUAUUUAUUUCGAGGUUGAAUCGGUCUUACGCUUCAAACGACGCGUAUUUAUAAUGAAUCGUUCUAUAUAUAUCCGUGACAAGUUACUUGAACAUCGAAGACGGUUUUAAUCAAAAAAGAAAAAAAGAAUCGACAGAUUAGCUAAUUUAUUACAUGCAACGCUAGACAGUAGUAAUUCGCCACGUCCGUUUUUUCCACAAUAAUUUUCAUAUUUUAAAUAUAUGUAACUGUUGAUUUAUUGUAUAUCUUACGUAAAUUAUACGUCUAGCGAGAA